AUGGUUUGCAUUGCGUUCAAAUCACUCGGACAUGAAUCGUUUCACGAUUCACAUUCCCUAAUUGAUUACAAAGAUGAAAAAAUAAAUAAAUCUAACGAAAACGAUUUAUUAUAUGGUGAAUUAAAAACGGUUGUAAUCGAUUACCAAGCAGUUAUGAAGAAAUAUGGAGUUUUUUUAACUCUAUUUGGACGAAUACUAUUGGUACAAAUUGUUGUUUUGUCAUUAACACUCAUCGUACUUUGGUUCAUUUUUAUAAUGAGUUUCUCCGACGUGGAUAAAUAUAUGUAUUCGGAUGUUGCAAUAAUAAAAAUUCUUUCCGCAAUCCCUCCACUUUCAAUUCAGAUAUAUAUGGAGUGUUAUUUAUUUGGAUAUUUACACGAUCAAAAAGAUGCAAUAGUAUUGGCAUUGUACAGCAGCAAUUGGACCAAAAUGGAUAUAAGGUGUAGAAAAAUGAUUUUAUUAACAAUGAAAAUGCAUAAUGCUCAUUACCAAAAGUUAAAAUUUACUAGAACGAAAAUUGUAAACUUGGAGAUGUUUUUUAAGACCAUGGGUGAUUGCUACACGGCCGUAUCGGUUUUAAUAAAAUAUAUAAAAUCAAUGAACGAAUAAUCAACGGAUCCUCUGCAAAAUAAAAUCAUACAAAAAUAUAACAAAAAUAAUCUACAUCCGAGUUACAAAUAAAUAGCAAAACGAAUGGUUGGUCAUACAUACUAUACACAUGGCCAUCUCAUGAAAAAAAUAAAAAGCAAGAAUAAGCCUACAUGCGGAUAUCCAACAUCGAUCAAACACUUAUUUACAGAAUGUAGAGACACACAAGAGGAUGACGAAAAUUCAACACACCUGAGCAACUUCACGACGCUUUGGGCCCUGACGAAGAAUCCAUCCAAAAUAUAUUAUUAUGGAUGUAAAAUAUUAAAUUGUACAAUUUAGUUUAAAUUAUUUAAGUAUCCAUG